AUGUUUUUUAGGAAUGUUCGUUUACCUAGAACGUCCUACAAUAACACACAAGCAAACUCUCUUGAUGUGAUAUGCGCCUAUAACAGAUAUAGCGAUAAGAAUUAUGCUAUUGCAGGAAUAUUCGCCAAUCGCACUCUUUUUUGCACAACCGAUUACCCGUACUAUAAAUACCAGUUUCGUCAUAUUUUGCGAUAUAUCACAAGAGUUUCUCCUUCUUCACAAAAAGAUGGUUUAAGCAUAAAAAUCGCAGCGCCUUUUCAAACUAAUAUUAGUGCUUAUUUUCUGCAAAGUAUAAAAUUAUCAUUUUUAUUGGUAUUAACCACGCCUUUUAAUGUUCUGGAGAGUAUCCACGAAGAUUUGCUGCAAGUCUACGAAAUCAAGCAGCGAUGGGAAUGA